UUACCAACAGUCACCCCCAGUAUUGGCAACUUAGCAACUUUGUCGCUAUAUUUAUCAACUUUUUAGACUAAAAAAAUCAGUAUCUGCCUACAGAUACCAAACCCAGCUUUGAAUCGACGGGUCAGGCUUUUCAGAAAUUGUGAUUGGCCAGAAAACUGCAAUCAGUGCGCCCAUACUAUUUAUCUGAUUGAGAUGUGUUAAAACGGAGCUGUUUCUGAACGAUGAAGGCCACUGGGCUGACAUUUUGACACCUGUGACUUAAUAGAGAAUGGAUUUGUAUCAGCAGUAAUACCCAAACUGCUGUAAAAUAUUGGACAUUAUAGGGAGAUAAAAGGUCAACAUUUUGUUGGCCUCAUAAACUGACCAACCCAGACAUUCAUGCAUGCGUCCCAUGUGUGUGAAGAUCAGGUGACUUCAGAAACCAGCUGCUUCCCAUUAUUCUGAUUGACAGUACAUAUGCAAAUCCUUCAACAAAGCAAACUUAAUCAAUGCAGGAAGCCGUAAAACAUCGAUGCCUUUGUGCAUCGUUAAUACAUCCGAUGUGCACGUCUUCAUGUCGACUUAUUUCUACUUUUUCAGGUCCAACAGGGAGUGUCAGAUCGACCAGCACCACAGGAACCAGUGCCAGUACUGCCGUCUGAAGAAAUGUUUCCGUGUCGGCAUGAGAAAAGAAGCAGUUCAACGCGGGCGGAUCCCACCUCAGCCGAGCCUCAGUCCCUCCAUCACACCCAUAGGUGGUGCCAGCGGCAUCGGUGGGAGUGAGUUCUACAACAACAAUGGGGGCGGCGGAGGGGGCCAGCCGGUGUCGGAGCUCAUAUCCCAGCUGCUCCGGGCAGAGCCGUACCCCAACAGCCGAUACGGACACCAGUACAACCAGCAGGCGGGUCCAGACAACGCCAUGGGCAUCGAUAACAUCUGUGAGCUGGCUGCUCGGCUGCUCUUCAGCACCGUAGAGUGGGCCAGGAACAUUCCCUACUUCCCUGAGCUGCCUGUGUCGGAUCAGGUGGCGCUGCUGAGGCUGAGCUGGAGCGAGCUUUUCAUCCUCAACGCGGCUCAGUCGGCCCUGCCGCUGCACAUGGCGCCCCUGCUGGCGGCGGCCGGCUUCCACUCGUCGCCCAUGUCGGCUGAGCGCGUGGUGUCCUUCAUGGACCAGGUGAGGAUGUUCCAGGACCAGGUGGAGAAGCUGAUGAGGCUGCAGGUGGACUCGGCUGAGUACAGCUGCCUCAAGGCCAUCGCUCUCUUCUCACCAGAUGCCUGCGGUCUGACCGACCCAGUCCACGUGGAGUCACUGCAGGAGAAGGCCCAGGUGGCGCUGACGGAGUACGAGCGCAUGCAGUACCCGUCGCAGCCGCAGCGCUUCGGCCGGCUGCUGCUGCGCCUGCCGGCGCUGCGCGCCGUCCCCGCCAGCCUCAUCUCCCAGCUCUUCUUCAUGCGCCUGGUGGGGAAGACCCCCAUCGAGACACUGAUCCGAGACAUGCAGCUGUCCGGAAGCUCCAUCAGCUGGCCGUAUGUCCCAGGGCAGUAGCUCCACCCCGUAGCCCGCCCGGCCACCACCUCCUGACUCAUCACCGUCCUUCUGUAUGCUUGUGAGGUGCAGUGCCAGCUGGCCGUCCAUCCUCCCUUUCCCGUCUUGUUGCCAACCCGGUCUCUCCGGUGCCAGAACGCAGCUCCGCACGCUGGGAUCCAAUAUGGCCGCCGCAGCCCGCAUGUCGUAUCGACUAAACUCAGCCUCACGCAGGGAACAGCAGCACCCUGCUACGGAUCCUCAUAGAGGACAAAACAGUUUUUUCCUCCAUGCUGCGCAUCAUGACUGGAACGGGUUUGUCUCAUGAAUUCCGAGUUUUGUCUGCCAGGCUGAACAAGACGAAGGAAAAUCACCAAAGUUUCUGACAUCAUCCUCAGAUUGUCGUCAUGGUAAACGCAUCAGAGGAGCGGAUAAAGAAUACUAAACUACAAACGGCUCCAUUGGGAACAGAGCGAUACCUCAUUAGACAUCAGAAUGCUUUAGUCGGAUAUUUCCUGUAGAAUUUGUUCACCAGAAACCGCCUUCUUUUUGACAACUGCCUUGCUAUCAAGGACGAUGAACCUGGAGCUCCUUCUGGCUCAGGAGCUCUCUGACUUGUAUCUUUUAAAAAAUAAUCCUGUCAUUUUCUGUUGUCUUUUAAAAAGAUUAGUUUUUAAAUGUCUCAGUACAGUUUAUUCUGCUUCAUUUGGAUACAUUUUAUGAAUGAGAUGCAUAAGGCCGACGUGGAAUUUUGAAUUGACAAAGGAAAAAUAAAAGUUUGAUUUUUAGCAGUGAAGAAUCACUUUAUGUCCCUUUACAAAGCGCCUUGCUACAGUAUUCACACAUUUGUGGUGUUGCAGCUCCGAAUGGCCAUGUGUUUUUAUUGGAAGUUUCUAUGAUGUACAGACACAAUGAACCACAUCAAAUAAAAACUCCAGCUGCUGCUCUCCUGGGGAAUGAGGAAGAGCUUGGUUUAUGGCGGUUUUUUGUGUUUCAUUUGACUCUGCCCACCUGACCGACCCGGAUCAGUUUUGGCUUUAGUGGCCUUUAUUAAACAGAAUUUUGACAGGAUGGAAGGGGAAGACCGGUGGUAAAUGGUCAGAAAACGGGAAUUGAACCCAGGACUUCUUGUGCUUCCCUUUAACAGUAUCUUUUUUCCUACUUUUCUGUCUUGUGGAGUCUACAGUUAAUAUUUACCAGAGCUGCAACUAACCAUUAUUUUAGUAAUGAAUUAUUCUGACAAGUCCAUCCUUCCUUCCAUCCAUCCAUUUUCUAACACCAUAGUCCCUAGUGGGGUCGGGAGGGUUGCUGGUGCCCAUCUCCAGCUAACGUUCCUUGUGAGAGGCGGGGUCACCCAGGACAGGUCACCAGUCUGUACCAGAAUUCUGACAAGUAAUCUCUUAAAAAAUUGGCACAUUUUCCAGAUUUUUCAUUUGUCAAUGUCAAAAUUUAUAUAGGCAUUUUAAAAACAGGUGUAAAACUGCAUCAAAGUGCUGUACAAGAAUGAUAAAAUAAGUUGAUAAAAAGAAAUAUUACAAGAAAAGGAAAAAAAAACACUUAAGAUUAUUUGACACAAUAUUAGAAAUACACGAGAAGGCGCAAAUAAACAGAUAAUUCAUUUUCUUAAAUAAGAAAUUUAACAUUUUAUUCCCUAAAAUGCAAUAACAGUGUUGUUUUAGUGAACACUUGAUAAUUUGUAUCAAAGGAAUCAUCUGCAGCUAAAAAUCCUUCAACACAUGAACAGAUCAGGCCUUUCUGCUGGACUCUGCUUGUUAACCAAUUAAUAAUUGGACAAGAUUUUUUUUUAGAGAAUUUGAACCAGGUGAAGCUAAAACUCUGCCACGCGAGGAGUUCUCUAGACACAGUUGUUUUUAUCUUACAUGCUAGAUGUCCAUAUUUUUUCAGAGCUCGUGAGACCUCCUACAUCUCUGCUUUAAACUUCUCCACACUUUCCUCCCUGAUCUACUGCCGGGGUCCUCUAGUCGCUAUGGUGAUGCUGAUCCUCUAAUGGGGCCAGAUUAAAUUCUGGUCAUUUGGUUGCUAUGGAUUUUUAUUCAGGAGUAUCAAAGUAAAGGUGCUGAAAAAAUGUUUGACACACUUUUCACUUUUAUUUUAAAAACAAUUAUGUCUUUCCUUGAACUUUACAAUUAUGCACUAACUUUCUGUUGAUCAUCACCAAUGGUUUGCUUUGUGGAAACAAAGGAGUGUGAAUACUUUUGCAAGGCGCUGUACUACACCUGGGGGCAGCAAUCUAUUAAAUGUAUUAAAAUAUGUAUAUAUCUAUAUAUAUUGACACCAACUUUGUCUUUUUGCAUGUUUAGAUGUUACUUUUGGUUCUCUGAUAUUGAGAUGUUUUUUUUUUUCCUCAUUUACACUAUUAAUCAAGUUUGAUUUCAACAUUAAAGUAUUCCGUUAAUUCGUA